UGUCGGGAGCUGUCGGGAUGCUUGUGUCUGGCCGAGCGGGGCGGACGACGUUUGAAUCCAGCGAGUGUUUUGAAUGUCUUUAAUAUAAUGUAGUUUUGAAGGUCUUGGUUUUGCCAUUUCUCAACAUGACAGAGGAAGCAGAGUACAUUGAUAAAUUAGUGCACCCAAUUUUGGAAAUUCGUGCCCGUGCACUGAGCUCGCUUCUUCAAAAAGUGGAAUUGAAUCUUGUGCCUUUGAGCAGGCUGAACCAACACCCAAACCUCAUCCCAAACCUGCUGCAGUUAUUGGACUUAGGACCUCACACCUUAAGACCUCAAGCCUUGAAUUUACUUUUCUUCCUCUUUAAGAAUGAAUCAUCAAAGAGACAGUUUGUGUCUCUUGGUGGGGUGUACUAUCUGCAUAACUUAAAGGCAACAGCUCCUCUUGGUCUUCUGCCAGACAUUAACCAUCUUCUCCAUUCUGUAAUACAGACAUCUGAGGGGAUGACUCCAACACUUUCAGAGUUUAAUCAAGUACAAGUGGAAGAAGAAUCACAGAGGACAACUUCGAACAAAAAUAUAGAAACCAAUUAUAUCCCCAUAGGUCAUCAUAGACUCAACAUUCAUGAAACAGGGGGUAGUGUAGCUGGGAGCCAAUGUGUUGGAAGUUUUUGUGAUAUGACCCUGGACGAGCAUCCUGUAGUACACCAAGAACCAUCAGUGACAUUUACUACUUUCCCUUGGCAGGCUUUGACAGGAAGUGACCGUAGAGUGCUAGAUUCAACAACACAGUCAUUGUUGAGUCAUAAUGAGGCAGUGGUUGUGGCAUCGUUGCACUUCCUUGAUACUGUUGUGCUUAAAGACUUUCCUGCUGAAGUUAUUUUACAGCGACCAGCAGUUGUACAGGCUGUUUAUGGGUGUAUAGAGGAGGAAGGAGAGAAUGCGUGGCGUGUACAAGGCCCAGCAUGUAAUUGCUUACUGACCUUGACUCAACUGGUCAGCACUCGAGUUAAACAUUUCACAGAUCCACAUCUAACACCAGGAGAAGAACAGAUAACAACACCAACAUCUUCAGAAUUGGCCACUCCAAACACAGAUACAACCAGAGGCAGCUGCUGCUCCUCACAAGGUGACUGUAUGCAGAGCUUAAGUCACCUUACCAAGGGAAAGAGUAGAAGGCAGUUGGGAGAUGGACAGGAUAAGAGUGGCUCUCUUAGUAAUGUGGCACAGGAACUCUCGGGUACAACCAUACAUGAGGAAGAUGAUGGGGAUGAAUUCAUUCUUCUUGGAAUGCAUCAGUUAACAGUGACUGGACAUUGUAGUCGCAUCAUGAGAGUUGUAUGCCCACUCCUGGUGUCACCAAGACCAUCGAUCCAGGCAGCCAGUCUCCACCUUCUUACUGCCUGUCUGACACUCCUGCUACAGUGUGUACAACCCAAGCUGUUAUGGGAACAAGAGAAUGGUGAUGAAGUUGUUUUGGAAAUAAGAGGAGAAAUUAGAAAGGUUAUACGAUGCAUUUCUUACCUUAUCAUGGCCAGUUAUGAAGCUAAGAAUUUAACAGCAAUUCAAACAGAAGCUGAAAAGCAGAUCUUAAACAUCCAUUGUUUGUCAUUGGUCUUGUGCAGAAUUCUUGUGGAUUUUAUUCCUCUUGAAGCUUCUUCCCAGGUCAUUGAUGGUGAUGUGUCAGAAGGGCUCAUGUUAGUAUUAUAUGAUGGUGGCUUUUACUUUGAGUAUAAUAAUCAGCACAACAUUUUGCUACAGUAUCUAAGUCAGGUAAAGUCCAUUGAAGCUGACCAAUUCAGAUGUGUACUGUUUGCUACCAAAGGUCUCCAAGCUACUGCAAGAUUUCUGCAGACAUCAUCUUCACAGCUUGAGGAGUUCCUUGAUCUGGCAGUGAAGUCUCUCUCAGUGUCCAGUGUUCAUCAAAGUACUGUGUUUGUAGAAAAAUUUGUUCGAGGUAUGGCGAAGCAGAUUGCUAUUGGAUGUGUUAAUGAAGAGCAGUUAGAUAAAGCAAGAAACCUCUUGUUACAAAUUCUUCAGUUUCCAGAUGUUACAGUAAGGCUAAGUGGAUAUAAAUCAGUUAUGCAUCUCAUGGAGGAUAGUGUUGGGAUAUCACAGGCAGUAGAUUCAUCAAUGAGUCGAUCUCCAAGAAUUCUCUUCCUCCUGUCUUCAACAAUCAUCAGAUGUCUUCUCUACUGUGGAUUAGUUGAUGAUAAUAAAGAGGUGGUGAAAGUUGCUGAGGACAUACUACUUGGGCUGUUGCUUGGUUAUCCUCUAAUGAGCACCCCUGUAUGGACUGUUGCUGCCGAGUGUUGGCGUGUGUGUCUUCCAGACCUACAAUGUGUAGCUGAAUCUACUACAAAACUUGGUCGAGCAGUCGCAAAUCUUCCUUUGACUGUGUAUGAGGAUGAUCGCACAUUACAAAAAAUAGAGCAUUUGAGAUAUUGGCUGCAAUGUCUAUAUACAAGGGACAAGGACACAAGAAUCCAGGCAUUGUCACGAGUUAUCCAGAGACUUGUUUUAACUGCUGCUGACUUCCUUCUUGAUCCUCAAGAUUUUCACCUUGGAGUUCAUCAUGAUCUUUUCAUUGUCAAGAAUCCCAUACACCUCUUGUUAUCCAAUAACAUGGCCUCUGAGGAAGGUCGCUUGAUGAGGAUUUUGGAGCUGAUUCAAGGUAGAGGAGUUGAGCCAGGGGUAUGCAAGGCUGCAUGGUCUCAACUGGCUUUCCUGUUAGAAGAUCCACAACUUCAUCAGCCCUUUUUCAAGCUGUGUUCUCUUCAGUUCCUCGUAAUGAACUUCAUUAACAUGGUGAAGCGUGAUGGCUCCCCAAAUCUUACAGUAGAAUAUUUACCAGGAGCAGUAGAGACUCUUAGAUUAAUAGCAACUCACUCGAAUCAUAUCAGGACGACACUUCUCCAAGAUGAGGAGUUUCUUUUGUGUAUCGUUAGAGUUGCCCUGUUUUAUUAUGUAGAUGACCGCACAAGAUGUCAGGCAUCUUGUCUAAUGGCUCUUCUCAUCUUCAAUCAUGUCAUUAUUUUUGCUGGAACUGAUGAAUGUCAAAAACAAGUGACUGUUCAUGGGAAAAAUUUCAUCUCUGUACCAGAAUUAUUGACCUCUAGGGUUCAUUUACCUUUUAUAUGUGAUAUAUACCCUUGGUAUGAGAGAAGUGGGCUGUGUCAUGAGAUGAGAACAGUACAUCACAUUCUCAAAGAGAAAGAUUGGGCAGUGCUAGACUUCCUUAAAACAGUGUGGGCUGCAGCAUUUGCUGGAGGUGUUGAACAUAUUGAUUGUGCCCAUGUUCAGUCCUCCAAGUUUUCUGCCAAUUUAGACAUUGGUGAAUAUGAAACUACAUUACUAAAAUCAUCAGUUUUGAAACUGGUAAUGACAAAAAUACUUCUAAACAUUGAGAAUGCUACUUCACAUCAAGAUGUCAAGAGAAAUGUCAAUAAUUUGGGGUUUUAUAUCCAACAAGUUCAGUUUACUUCAUGUAAGAAUGAAAUAUUUUUAACUUCAAGUUACUGGAACCAAAGCCUCCAACGUUUCCUUACUUCCCAACCAAAUUCUUCAGUGGAUGAGCAACUCUUAACACAUAUAUUGAAUUCAGUAUCUGUCAGCCUUCUGGUAUACAGACCAUUUUUAAAGGGCGGGGUAGCAGUAUACCCACAAAUCUUGCAACUGUUGCUUAAUGAACUGAAGAACCAAGACAGUGCCCUGCACUAUACUUUACAAAGAACAGGUGGUGUUAACUGGGUGGCCAGUGACCCUAACCCUCGAGCCCUGAUGUCUAUCCGUUUGUUUCGUGCCGCCACCAAUCUCAUGUGUCAGACAUUAAAGUUUGUUUGUUGCAAUGUCAACUGUCAGGAUAUCUUUGGCAGUUCUUCAUGGAAUCAAUUAGCAACAAGCAUAACAACUAGUCUCCUCCCACUCCUUAGUGCCAAUAAUGACCUUCAGUACUAUAAUCUAGCUGUGCUUGGAUGUUCAUUGGAAUGCCUGGUUUAUGUCACAGCAUUAGGGUGGCCUGGAGAAGAUCUAGCACAUCAACUUGUAUCAAGUUUGAUUAGGCUGAUCAGCACAUUCCACAUUGGUCGGGGCAGAGCACAUAACUCCUACAUGGGACGGAUGGUGACACUAUGUUCAUCCCUUGCUCUUGUACACUUACUAUCCAACCAUCCUGGAGAUCUUACACAGGAUAUUACUACCUGGUCAAGUGAAGAGGGCUUCUUGGACUGGUCAUGGUUAGUCUCAUUGUGGGUGUAUCGUGACCCCAGUGUGACGAGUACAGGACUUAUGAUAGCUGCUGCUUUAACCACCCAAGCCCGUGGGCUGAGCCUUCUCCACAACAGUCUUACCCAGGUCUCAGGGGGAGUGUGGGGAGCUGCUUUAAGUUAUUUAAUGUCAUCUGGUCGAAGCUGCAUAGUCCGGACUUCUGCUGCCCAGCUCCUAAUCAAGCUAACACAAACUGGACCAACAGCAAGUAACCCCUGGAUCUCUCCAAUUGUUGCUGAUACAAUCACUGGAGAAUCAGUGGAAGGUCUGGCAGCGCUGAUGGUCUUGUUUCAGCACUGUAACUUGUAUAGUGUAGUGCAUUCAAGCUUGUCCAAGUUGUAUGUGUCACAUGAUCAGUUGCCAGUAAAUGCACGACUUAACACCCAGGGAGAGUUAGAUCUCUCUAUGAGUCGACUCAGUUCUUUUUACUUAAUAAAUAGUGAUGACCACAAUAAUAAAGAAAGUCAAAGUGAUGAAAAUUCAUAUGAUGAUAAUACCACAUCUACCCCUGUGUCAGUCCAGCUAUAUGAAACUCUGUUGAGACUCCUUGUUAAUAUUGUGCUCCUUCAGCCUUCCCAAGUAAUUCCACAAAUGUCUUCACAUGGUAUUAUUUCUUUGGUUGUAAAACAACUUCGUUUCACUGUUAGUCAAAUUAAAAUAUCAAUGGUUCAUUUGCAAGCAGUAGAGACAUCUUUAGUACUAAUUGGAGCAGUAUUGAAGCAUGACCCUGAGCAAGCACCAUUACUUGCUCGUGAUACAAAUCUUGUACACCUCACUUUGGCAGUGUUAUCUUCAGGCACAGACUGGACCAGUAUCAUCAUUGUUAGUUUGGAGAUAUUAAAUGCCUUGAUUUGUGGGGGAAGUUGGGGAGCAGUUCGCAUCAUUCAAUGGAUUGCUGUGUCACCUGCACUCACCCUUCAUCCCAUAGUAGCUGGCCUCCAUGUCUGUGCUUCUCUUGAGCUGCAAACUGCAACAGCAGCUUUUUUAUCUAAUCUUUUAAGUCAAGUUUUCCUCAAUGAAAUAUCACUGCAACAGGACCUUCAGUCAACUGUUUCUGGGAUUUUGGAUGUACCUGUUCAGAUACUGAACAACCAAAGUGUGUGUCCAGGAUGGGAACUUUCUCGUCACAUUAUUCAGUUGAUGUGUGAUUUGCCUGACUGUGAGGACCCAAAUAAACAAAAUUCAAGAAAGCAUAAAGCUGAAGUGCUUGGUAUAGAAAAAGAGCACCUUUGUCUGCUGUUAGACUGUCUCAAAUUAUUGCUCCUUGUGUCACAAAGUGCAAAGGAAGCUGCUCACCAUUUUCGUAGUUUCCUGAUACCUUUUCUUUCAAAGCCACUCUCUGAUCUCCAAGUCAAACUUCAGACUAUUAAUAUUCAUAUCACAAGUCAACCAAUGAAGAAGAAAGAAAUUAAAGAUGAUAUUUGCACAGUAAUACAGCACUUGGAGGUGGUAACAAACUGGGUUAAAGGAAGGGGUUGUUGGUCAGUGAAUAUAGGUGAAUCAAUCAUACCAUUGCUUCACCCCCUAUGGGUACCUGCACUCCGUACACCACCUCUCUUAGGAGCUGUUUUGAGAUUCUUGUUAACUGCUUCAGCUCACUAUCAAGUUUGUUUAUUUAUGACUCGUACAAGUGGAAUGCCUGGUGUGUUACUCAGUACAUCUCGUACAAAAAGGCCUCUUCUUGCAUGCAUCACUACAACAGUGUGUCAGCAACUGGGAAAAUUGCUCACAUGCAGUAGAGGAUUUGCUCUGUGCUUUGAUAAUUUUUCCAGAGUUAGUUUUCUUACAGCAAUCUCUAUUUUACUGAACUGUGCACGAGUGCAAGAGUGUGCCUAUGUCAUGAAUAAACUUGACUUAGUAAGUUUAUUAAUCAAGUGGCUUCAAAGCAAAAUGGCUACUGAUGAAGGUAUGUCUAUCACACCAAGCACAAUGAAGCUUCUUGUUCUUCUAACAACACAUCAUGAAUCCCAGAUAACUGUUUGUAAGUCAUAUGGUUGGGUUAACACUAUCCAUGACCUUGUUUUGCAUGAUGGUUUACAGAAGGAUGCCCUCAGAAUUAUGGCCAACAUGUCUUUGAACCACCACUCAGCACAUUCUUUGUUUACAUCAGAUGGUUUUAUUAAAACUAUUAUUGGAAUUAUUACAGACAAAAUGGAUGAACCGUGGUCAGAGGUUGCUCUUGUAAUUCUUUGGGCUCUGAUAUCAAAUAAUCAAAGAGGACAAGCAGUAAUGAAGCAACACCCACUUAUCCCGCUGUUGAAACAUUUGACUGACUCACAAGAUGUCAAAAAAGCAUCUUUAUCUCAGAAGAUACUUGAUAUACUAAGCUAACCACCAGGGUAUUUAACUUCUUUAUUAAUACCACUUGUUUACCCAAAGUUUUUAGUUUCAAUACCAUAUAGGCAUGUGAUUUUACCAACAUAAUCCUUUGUCAGGAAAAAUAACUUUUGUCAGAAGCAUUACUUUUUGAAAAUAAUGUACAGCAAGUGCUGUAAAAAUAAAUACUCAACCCACUUA